GACUUUGAUUAAUGCCUCAAGCGACAAGUCAUCAAACUGCAAACCUAUCAUUUUUUUUACAGUUGAUUAUAUUGCAAUUGCAGUGACUGAUAUCUCCACUCCUUUUUCGCUUGGUAGCAAUUCGUGUUGACUGACCAGAGUCCGCGAAAAACGAACAUUCCAAAAUAUUAAGACUCCUACAAUCCAGUUUCGGAAGUCAUUGAAGAUUUAAGAAUGGCUCAAACUCUGACGUUCGGUGAUUCAUGCGCUCCAUUAACGAGUCACGCAUGGAAUAAGGAGAGAAAUCAAAUUGCAUUCUCCCCCAACAACAAUGAAGUUCAUAUAUAUCAAAAGGAAGGUAAUGAUUGGAAACAAACAGAUAAUCUAGUUGAGCAUGACAUGAGAGUUAUGGGUAUUGAUUGGGCUCCAAACACUAACAGGAUUGUGACUUGUUCAGUGGACCGUAAUGCAUAUGUUUGGACUCAAAAUGAAGAAGGAAAGUGGACUACAACAUUAGUUCUUCUUCGUAUUAACAGAGCUGCAACUUGUGUAAAAUGGUCACCAAUGGAGAAUAAAUUUGCUGUCGGUUCAGGGGCUCGCCUCAUCUCUAUUUGUUAUUUUGAAAAGGAAAACAAUUGGUGGGUCUCAAAACAUAUCAAAAAGCCAAUUCGUUCAACUGUCACAACUCUUGAUUGGCACCCUAAUAAUAUUCUUUUAGUUGCGGGAUCAACUGAUUUUAAGGUGAGGGUCUUCUCAGCAUACAUCAAGGAUAUAGAAGAUCAACCCGGGCCUAAUGUAUGGGGUUCUAAACUCCCCCUUGGCCAACUUUUGGCAGAAUUUCCUUCCGCUGGCAGUGGUUGGGUGCACAGUGUUUCCUUUUCUGGAGAUGGCAAUAAAGUAGCUUGGGUGGGCCACGACAGUUCCAUCAAUGUUGCUGAUGCUGCUCGAGGUAAAGCAGUUAUCAAACUUAAGACUGAGUAUUUGCCAUUUUUGGGUUGCAUUUGGGUUUCCAAUAACUUUUUAGUAGUUGCUGGACACAGCUGUAUACCUCUCUUAUAUUGCCAUGACGGUGAUCAAAUUAAGUUCGUAGCCAAGUUGGACAAUACUCAACGUAAAGAGUCUGGAGGGCUCUCAGCUAUGAAGAAGUUUCAAUCGCUGGACCGUCAGGCACGAAUUGAAACCAACGAUACAUUCCUAGACUCUAUCCACCAAAAUGCAAUUACAUGCAUUAACCUGCACAAAGGGUCUAAAGCCAAUGCUAAGAAGUUCAGUACGUCCGGCCUGGACGGUCAGCUAGUCAUUUGGGAUAUGGAGUCGCUGGAGAGGUCUAUUGAAGGACUUAAAAUUGCUUAAGAAAUAAUUGAUGCAUUUAAGUAUUAUUUUAUUUAAAUAAUUAUAAUGAAUAAUAUAAUCAGUUGCAUGUGAGCUCUGAAGUCACUCAGAAAAAUGAAUCAUGGAAAGCUGUGAACAAUUAUCACAAUCACAGUUUUAUCAGUCUAGCCAAAACAAGAGUAAGCAAUGAAAAGAGUGAAUUCAGCUCUCAGACUGUAAACAUUCAAAUAUACAGAAAUAAACUAUAAUUUAUAGAUACAA